AUGCACUCAACUGGAAGCGGGUCAGACACGAGCGUGGAAGAGCAAGUUCAGCUCCGACGAGUGUUUCGGCUGCUAGCAUUCGACACUCCUCUCCGGCGGCUGGAGCAUAAGCUCGAGUCGGAAAAAUUGGAAAGUGUCAAGUCUCCAGAGCGACAAGCUUCGCGAGGACGAUACACACAAUCGGAACAGGAUACGAAACGGGAACAGUACAUGAAAGAGAAGCUCAAGUAUCUCGCCACGCUACAGGACGAAGUGAAUCUCGGUCGUGAACUUGUCAGUUCCAAGUACCAGAUCGAUACGAAGGCACUGCUGACGAUCUAUGAGCAGCUCGGCUACCCACUCUCUGGACAGGAAAAAGGUAGACUGGAGGAGGUGAUCUGGCAGGUGAACGACAACCUGGACGGCGCUGUCUGCUUCGACGAGUUCGUCAACAGUUACGUGAGGUCCCGCAAUGAUCGCUCGGGUCUCGAGCCGUCCGAAUUAUUCUUCCUUACGUGCUUCCUCAUGUUCGACAAGGAGUGUUGCGGCAGGAUCUCCUUGGACGAUGCGAUGGGAAUACUAUAUCUUAGAUACGGCGAGGCUAUGGAGCGCGAGAUGGAAAUCCACUUUGGCAAAUUGCUGGACGAAGGCGCGCACUUCGUCACCUUCGUGGAGUUCCAUGAGGCCACCAUUAAACGUCUGGGCGAGCUCAUCGACCAACAAGCACCAUUCGCUAGACCGAAUAAGUUUUGCAAGAAACUUUAGCAGUAAUUCACUUCAACAUGCUAAAUCUGCAC